AUGGUUCGAACAGUUCUAUGGCAUACUCCUUCUCUACGUCUUUUCAAGGGCCUGAUCAAGCACAUCCUUGAGCGAUUGCUGUUCUGCAACGCCGAUAUAUGGGACUUUCCAUCAGGUUUAGAGGUCUUUCUGCAUUUUCUUCUGCUACGGGCCGACACAAAUGGAUCGGCAUUCUGCGGCAGUCUGAUCUUCCUGGAGCGAGCUGUGCGGCGCCCGCAGAGCACUCUGGCUACAGAAAAUAGUCGGCAUCUACGCCUCUUGGCGUCGAUGAUUGUUACUCGGAAAUACUUCGAAAAUGACGCCUACAACACGCCGUUCUGGACCGGCAUCGUGGCCGGUACCCAGAUACGCCACAUCGGCCUUUCUCCUACAGACAGAUAUUUGGAAUAUGAUUCUGAAUUCCGAUCAGUAUUUGAAUAA